AUCUCUAUAGACAUAGAACAAUAGACUCUAUACUAUUAUCUAUAGACUAGUCACUAGUAUAGAUAAAAUUAGAAUUAAUUAGAUGAAGAUCUAGAUGUAGAUCUAGUAAUAGUAUUCAGUAUUAGUAUAGGCAUAGGGUUAUUUCCGCACUAAAUUUACGAAAACUAAUCUAUUCUGUCUCAAUCAGACUCAGACAUUUUUUUUUAUAGUAUUUAUAUUUAUAGGUCUUGUACUAUAAUAUAAUUAAGAUAUCAGAUAAUGUCUCGAACUGUUAACCUAAUAGUUGAAAGUGGUGACCAUGAAGAUGGUGCAGGAGCUAAAGUACGAAGUGGCUUUGGAUAUGGAGAGUUACGCAACUUAGACCCAUUCCUCAUGAUUGGUGAAUUUAUCUGUAAAGAUCCAGAAGGAUUUCCUGACCAUCCUCAUCGGGGUUUUGAAACUGUAACAUACAUGUUGGAAGGAGAAAAUUUUCACAGAGAUUUUAUGGGGCAUAAAGGAACACUCAGACCUGGGGAUGUUCAGUGGAUGACUGCUGGUCGAGGCAUUGUUCACUGUGAGAUGCCUGGCAAGGAUUUAGCCUGGGGACUACAACUCUGGGUCAACCUCAGAAAAUCUGACAAAAUGACUGCCCCUGCCUAUCAGGAGCUAGAAGAUAAAGAUAUUCCUAAGGGAGAGAAGAAUGGUGUCAAAGUUAAGGUCAUUGCUGGAGAAGCUUUUGGAGUAAAAUCUCGAGUCUACACUAGAACACCAACAUACUACUUAGACUUCAAAAUGUCUCCUGGGUCCCAAUUAGAUCAGCCUGUACCUAAAGGCUGGAACACAUUCAUUUAUACUUUGUCUGGAGAAGCUUGGUUUGGUCCAGAGACCGAAAGCAAAUUAUGUAAGGCUCAUCAUACCAUUACUUUUAAUACUGAUGGGGAUUCUAUUCAUGUACAUAACAAGAGUGAGGAGCCAUGUCAUUUUGUGAUGCUCUCUGGAGAGCCAAUCAAAGAGCCAGUUGUUCAACAUGGUCCAUUUGUGAUGACAGCACAGGAAGAAAUUAAACAAGCGUUUAGUGAUUACAGGAACUGCAAGAAUGGAUUUGAGAACGCAGCCACCUGGAAGUCUGAAUAUGUUUAAUAAUUAUUUGAUUAUUUCUCAUCAUUUCAUUGUUGUUGUUUUUUUUUUGUUUUUUUGUGUGAAAUGGCAGAUAAACAUUAGAACAUUCACGAACAUUCAAAAUUAACUCUUGAAUUUCAUGCCAUUUGAAGGAAAAUGUUAAUAUCCAAAAGAGUAGUAAUAUUUAUAAAAUUUUAAAAUUCUUCAAAUCUAGAGGUUCUUGCCUACUUACCAUAACACAUUGAAGAGUUAGAUGUCCAAAGGUGUCCUUAUUUAUCUCAGAAUGUAUAAUAAAAUCAAGUGACAACUAAGCUAGCUUGUUUCACUGAGACUAUUUGUUUUAAUUUUCAGAUAAUGCUGCAAAAUUUUUCCACUCCCGAAUUUAUUUCUGCAGAAUUUAUUUCUGGUUUAACAUUUGGCUUACACUUUUUAUCUUUUUUAAAUAAAUGUGUAAAUUUUGGUGACUAAAAAAACAUGUCCCUUGCAAAGGGGAAUAAUGGUAACAAGAUAUUAAACUUGCUAGUAAGAAUUAUUAAUUUGGCUGUCUUCAAAUGUUGACAUAGUCAUUUUUAACUUUGGCUGUUAAGUCUGCAGAACUUUACAUUUAUCUUUUCAUCUUUUUAUAUAUUGAUUUGACUUUAUUUGUAAUAUUAUUUUGUUUCCCCAAACCAAGGAUGACAGCAGACUGUGUUUGAACUGGGGACUAUCUUUGUAUCAGUUUUAAAAAAAUACCAACAACCAGACCAUCUACAUUUCUGUAUUCUAUGUUGUUGAUACAUGAUAUUUUAUAUGUAAUAAUGCCUGAUAGUACUGAUUUCUAUGUAUUUUAUAAACUUUUUUGAAUGAAUAAUUUUUUAAUGAUGGUACAAAAUGAAUCUCAGCAGUAUUUUGUUUUUAUAACAAAUGUUAUUGACCAAAAAAAUUACUAUUUGCCCCGUAGUGUUCAUGUAAGUACUCCAUCAGGAUAUUAACAAUUUAAGUUUCGGAUGUUUUUUUGUAAUCCUUACUUUUAUUUACCGCCUUGUAUGACUUAUUUUCAUUGAAAAAUGAUUUAUACAAGAUCUUCCUGCUCAGUCUACAAUAAAAAAAAAGUACAUAAAUUUCGUUGACAACAAAUGCUAUUUAUUUUUGCAGCUGUAUUUGUUGUUUAGUUUUAAAUCAAAUUUUGUUGCUUUUUAAUGUGAAUGAAGGGUGUGAAUUGGUAUCUGUGUAAAUCUGUAUUUCUAAUGAUGUGCCAUUUUAAAAUUGCUAAUAUUUUUUAUUUGUGUCAAAUCAUUUCAUGGUUUAUCAAAUAAAAUGUCAUUAGAAGGCUGAGGAUGAUGCCGAGCAAGGUUUGAACUCGGGACUAUCAUGGUGAAGUCCAAAGUACAUACCAAAUGGCUAUGAAUGUCUUUUUUUUUUUUGUCAACACAAUCACGUCUUGAAUAUUCUUUACAAAUAGGCAGAUCCGAUGUGGGCCACCUCUGAGUUUGUGUGAUAACACAAACUCUCUUUGUAAUCUUUUUUUUUUGUCAAUGUGUUUUCAAACAAUAUGUAGUUGGACUGAUGAUAUGGAAAUGUAUGAAUAUAUUCUGUACAAAGGAUGUCUAAUUGUGAUGGAAAUUGUAUAUAUGAUUACUGAAUUUGAAUGUUAGUCUACUGGAGAAGCCUAGAUACAUCUUGCCACAAAAAUAAACUCUUUACAUUCAAA